CCCACGCCGAACAAAUUCUCGUGGCGUUGGCGUCGGCAACAAUGGCUACGGAAGACGAACUUCGCAACUACGAAGAAGAGAGCCUCUCGGACGAAGACGGAGACUGGGGAGACUGGACAGAAGACGAUGACGGAGCAGAAGUCGGAGGAGAGGGAGAAGACGGAGACUCGCAAUCCGAUCUCCUGUGCUUGUUCUGUGAUUCUCGGUUCUGUUCGUGUGAUUCUCUCUUUGAACACUGUCUUGUGCAACACCGGUUCGAUUUCCAUGGAAUUAGGAAGGAACUGAAGCUGGAUUUCUACUCCUCAUUUAAGCUCAUCAACUAUGUUCGGUCUGAGGUGGCUAAGAACAAAUGUUGGAACUUUGGGCUUAUAUGUGAACCAAAUCAAGCUUUGCAGCAAAAUAUUGAUCUCAAAGAUGUUAGAUCUCUUUGGGCUGAUGAGAAGUAUCUGAAGCCUGUCCUGCCUGAAGAUUCACUUCUGUACAGCUUUGCGGAUGACGAAGAAAAUGAGGAAGAAUCUAAUGUCUCGAUUGACAGAAUGGAACUGAUGGAGGAUUUGCAGAAAUUCGGAAGCUUUAACAUUGACGAUGAGAUUAUAGGGGAAACAUCAAUGUCAAACAAUGAUACAUGUGAUAGUAACGGAAGUAAAAAUGUUACUCUGCCAUCAAAAGGCAACGCCAAAAAGGAGAAUUCGGUAGAUCCUUUGACAGUCAAUGGAAUAGAUCAAGAAACGGAUUCUGUGUUAUCCAGUAAUGGUGACAAACAGGAGCUUUCAAGAGUUUGUGCUGGAAGUGUAAUUGCUAGGAACAUCAGGAAGGUGAAUGAAAGCUAUUUUGGGUCUUAUAGUUCAUUUGGCAUUCACAGGGAGAUGAUAAGUGAUAAGGUGAGAACGGAAGCUUACAGGCAGGCUCUUGUGAAGAAUCCUUCUCUCUUGCGUGGUUCUGUGGUAAUGGAUGUUGGCUGUGGGACUGGAAUAUUGAGUCUCUUUGCUGCUCAAGCAGGGGCUUCAAGGGUAGUUGCAGUUGAAGCUAGUGAGAAGAUGGCCAAUGUUGCAACCAAGAUUGCCAAGGAUAAUGGAGUGUUUCACGACACUACCCAUUGUGGUGUACUUGAAGUUGCGCACUGUAUGGUUGAAGAUCUUGAUAAAACGGUACAGAUUCAACCUCAUAGCGUUGAUGUGUUAGUCAGCGAAUGGAUGGGAUAUUGCCUUCUCUACGAGUCAAUGCUCAGCUCAGUUCUCUAUGCAAGAGAUCGGUGGUUGAAACCCGGAGGUGCAAUCCUCCCCGACACAGCCACAAUGUAUGUUGCGGGUUUUGGAAGAGGGGCCACAAGUCUUCCAUUCUGGGAAAAUGUCUACAGCUUUGACAUGUCAUGUAUCGGCAAAGAACUCCUGGGAGAUGCUGCUAGAAUUCCCAUUGUCGACGUUAUCGAUGAGCGUGAAUUAGUAACCCGACACGCCCUUCUCCAGACAUUUGAUCUGGCAACGAUGAAACCCGACGAAGUAGAUUUCACUGCAUCAACUACACUGGAGCCCGACGGAUCGGAAGCAACGACGAAACAAUGCUACGGAAUUGUUCUCUGGUUUGACACAGGUUUCACCAACAGGUUCUGCAGAGAAAACCCGACCGUUCUGUCCACAUCUCCGUACACUCCCAAAACGCAUUGGGCACAGACGGUAUUAACAUUUCAGGAACCCAUAGCUUUGGCACCGGAAACUAUGCCUGUUUCGGACAGAACAGGAGUCAUCGGAUCCGAGGCGUGUCCCGUGACAAGCAUUCAUCUCCGUGUGAGCAUUGUCCGUGCUUCCGAGCAUCGCAGUAUCGACAUCUCGAUGGAAGCUACCGGAAUCUGCCGGAGCGGUCGGAAGAGGCAUUGGCCUGUCCAGAUUUUUAAUCUGUCUUAGGAACUCGGGUCUUAGACACAGAGAAAUUGUUGCCGGUGGUUUUGGUUGUGUUGCCGGUGAAGACUUUGGUCUCGGUCCCCUUUUUUAUAUAUGAAGUAUGAAAAAUGGUGUUUUGAUGGUUUGAAUCUUAUAAUGUUUGUAUUGGUGAUUAAUAAUUAUCUUUAUUAUUGCUAUUUUUUGUUUUAAAA